AUGCUCCGUGCGGCUCGUUUGUCCUAUUCACAAUCAGGGGCAUUGAAUUUCGUACUCAUUGCUAAACGAUGGCAACAAACAUCAGGUUCGGGUACAACUGUUCCCCCGAAAUCAAUUCCUAGUCCAAAUAAAACUCAAACUACUACUACUAAUCCUUCGUCGACAAUAAAGACGCCAACAACAUCGACAAAACCUCCAGUUAAUACACCAAUCGAUCGAACGAAUAUUCCAUAUAAAGCAACAACAACAACUACAACAUCAUCUAUUCCUGGUUCCUCAUCGAGAACAGGUCCACGUCCACCAUUUUCAGCACCUCCUAGUCAUAAAACUAGUAGCAGUGGUAAAAUGGUAAAGACAAUUCUUUAUGGAGUUACUCUUGGUCUUACUGCUGUAGUAGUCUAUGCUGAAUAUGAAAAUGGCUCGUUUCGUCGACAACUCGAAUCAACCAUUCCAUAUAGUUCAACAAUCUUAGGUGGCCUUGAUCAAUUUAUCGAUCCAGUUUUCGGCCGACAGAAAUCUAUAACAACCAAAAUAUCGGAAAAAAUGCCCGAUUUAGCUUAUAUAAAAGAAAAAAUAUCGGACAAAGAUAAAACUAAAACAUUAAAUGAAAAAAUUAAAGAUACUACUAAUAAUGUCUUGGAAAAAUUACCUGAUAAAGCUCAAAUCCAAAAAGCUGGUGCACAAGUUAAAGAUACUGUUGAUCAUGCUGCUGAUCAGGUUAAAGAUGCAGCUCAUACUGUUCGUGAUGCAUUGCCAACUACAACAACAUUAAAAAAAAAUUUAGCACAUGCUAAAGAAAAAGUUGAAGAUGCAGCACACACAGUUAAAGAAACUGUCAAAGAUGCUUUACCAUUAGCUAAAGGUCAAUCAGGGGAACCAUCGGGUAAAAUUGGUGAUCCUGUAUUUUUAGAAGAACCUGGUGAAAUAGCAGUACCACCACCAAUACCUCAAGAUAAAUACAAACAACUUGAAGAAGAAAUCACUCAAUUAUUUACACCAUUAUCAAAACAAAUUGAUGAUGCUUUAAAAGUCGCACAAGAACAUAUUUCACAUAUGAAAACUAUAAUUGAUAAUCCAAAUAUAUCAACAUCAGAUCAUGAAACAUGGAAAUAUGCUGAAGAUUUACAAGAACAAGCUAAAAAUGCAUAUGACAAAGUAACUGAUACUAUUGGUGAAUGGAAAAAUAAAUUAAUUGAAUAUACAACAGCAACAAGUGGUGAAAUACAUCCACAUGAAAAAAAACUUGAUGAAAGAUAUCAAGAAUUACAAAAACAAUAUACAACAUCAACAUUUGUUAAAAAUUUUCGUAAAUAUAUUGAUGAAGCAACAAAAUCAUUUCAAAAAGAAAUUGAAACAAUGAUUCCAAGUGUAGCUGGCAAAAGUCCGUCACAAUUAACUCAUGAAGAUCUACAAGCAUUAUUAGUACAUGCACAUCGUCGUGUAGUUAAACUUCAAAAUGAUAUAGCACGUACGCGUAUAAAUGAAUCGGAUUCAAUAAACGCAGCUGUUGAUAGAGCACGUGCUGAUAUUGAUCGUCUUGUUGAACAACGUGCUAAAGAACGUGUUGAAAAAACAACUGAACAAUUAACUGAAGAAAUAAAAGCAUAUGAAAAAAAUCUUCGUCAACAAUUUGAUGAACAAUUACGAAAUGAAAUUGUUUUACAACAUCAAGCAUUAACACAAUAUUUAGCUGAUGUUUUAUCACGACAGUAUCAAGAAUGGGCUAAUGAAUAUGAAAAACAAUUAGAAAAUGAAUCCGUAAAAAUAAAUUUAAAUUUACAAAAUCAAUUACGAACAACAUUAGAUCGUUUAUAUGCUAUUGAACAAGCGAUUGAAGCUAAUUAUGAUAGUCAACAACGUGGUAGACAAGCACAACAAUUAUGGAUACAAGCACAAAAUAUACUUAAUCAAAUUGUUCAUGGUACAACAACUAAUAAUGAUAUUGAUAUUGUAUCAAAAAUAGUACCAAAUGAAAAAUUUGUUCAAAUACUUGUUAAUGAAUUACGUAAUGAUGAAUCACCAACCACAAAUGAAAAAAUUUUACGUGAACGUUUUACACAUGUUAAUAAAUUAUGUCGUCGUUUAGCAUUAAUUGAUAAUGAACAUAAUUCAUUAUGGAAUUAUUUUUUAUCAUAUUUACAAAGUUCAUUAAUUGUACGACAACGUGAUGAUUCAAUAUUAAUUGACGAUGCUAUUGAUCUUAAUCGAUUAAAUACAUUUACUAUUUUAAAUUAUGUUCAAUCAUAUUUAGAUCAAAAUCAAUGGUAUAAUGCAUUACGUUUAAUGCAAUUAUUAACAGGUGAACCACGUAAUGUUGCACAAUCAUGGAUUAAUGAUACAAGAAAUUAUUUAGCAAAAAGACAAACAUCAGAAUUACUUGAAGCUUAUUCAAAUUCAAUUGGACUUGGUACAUUACCAAGAACAGCUUAG